AGAUCUGCACGUUUACCUCUUCAACCACCAUGGCUGUCGUCGGCGUCGAUUUCGGUGCACUACACAGCAAGAUCGGUGUCGCAAGACAUCGAGGAAUUGAUAUUAUUGUCAAUGAAGUUUCGAAUCGCGCUACUCCUUCCCUCGUUUCCUUCGGUCCCAAGCAGCGAUCGAUUGGAGAGGCCGCAAAGACACUCGAGACUUCCAACUUCCGCAACACGAUCGGUGGCCUGAUACGACUCAUCGGACGGACAUUCCAGGAUCCCGAAAUACAGGAAGUAGAAGCAAAGUUCCACAAUGUGAAAAUGGUGGACGUGGACGGAUCGCUCGGCGUAGAAGUGCAAUACCUGGGUGAGCGACGGGUAUUCACCAUCACGCAGCUGGUCGCGAUGUAUUUGGCAAAGCUGCGUGACACUGCGUCGAACGAGCUUAAAACCGGCGUCACCGACAUCGUGAUCACCGUGCCCGGAUGGUUCACCGAUAUCCAGCGACGCGCAGUGCUCGACGCUGCUCAGAUUGCAGGACUGAACUGCCUUCGUCUCAUCAAUGACACCACUGCAGUUGCUCUCGGCUACGGUAUCACCAAGUCGGAUCUGCCAGAGGCAGACAAUCCACGGCACGUCGUCUUCGUCGAUGUCGGGCACUCAUCUACGUCGUGCGCCGUCGUCGCAUUCUCGAAGGGCCAGCUGACUGUCAAGUCAACCGCGUAUGACCGCCACUCCGGUGGACGAGACAUCGACUUUGCGCUCGUCCGGCACUUCGCCGCCGAGUUCAAGGAGAAGUACAAGAUUGAUGUCCUCUCCAGCCCCAAGGCAACCUUCCGUCUUGUAGCCGGCUGCGACAAGAUCAAGAAGGUUCUCUCUGCGAACGCAGAGGCACCGCUGAACGUCGAAUCGAUCGUGAAUGACGUCGACGCCGCGAGUCGACUCAACCGUGAGGAGUACGAGAAGCUCAUCGUCGGCGUUCUCGACCGCAUCCCGGGGCCUCUGAAACAAGCGCUCGCUGACUCUGGGCUCACCCUCGAGCAGAUCGACGCAAUCGAGCUUGUCGGUGGGGGCACGCGUAUCCCGGCCGUGCGCGCGAAGAUUCAGUCUGUCUUCGAGGGCAAGACGCUCAUGACGACGCUUAACCAGGAUGAGGCUGCUGCGCGGGGCGCGACUUUCGCCUGCGCGAUGCUCUCGCCGGUCUUCCGCGUGCGCGACUUCUCGAUGCACGACAUCGCGCCUUACUCGGUCAAGGUGCAGUGGCAGCGUCUGCCAGACGAUGGUGACGAUGAUACGGAGCUCGUCGUGUUCCCGAAAGGAAACAACAUUCCUUCGACGAAGGUGCUCACGUUCUACCGCAAGCAGCCCUUCGACAUCGAAGCGCUGUAUGCGGACCCCGCCGCGCUGCCUGGCGGCAUCAAUCCCUGGAUCGCUCACUUCACGGCGAAAUCGAUCGGCCCGGACGAGAAGGGCGACUUCACAUGUGUGCGGGUCAAGACCAGGCUAAACCAGCACGGUAUUGUCUCGUUCGAAAGUGCAUAUGUGGAGGAAGUCGAGGAGAAGGAGGAACCAAUGAAGGUGGAUGGCGAGGAGCAGAUGAAGAAGAAGAAAAUCACUCGUAAGAAGGAAGUACCCUUCGUAUGGAGCUCCACUUCGCUCGAUCCUUCCAUCGUCGAGAAACUCAAGGAGCAAGAAGCGCAGAUGCAUGCUGCUGAUAAGCUCGUCAUGGACACUGAGGACCGUAAAAAUGCGCUAGAAGAGUAUAUUUACGAUACCCGUGGACGACUUGACGAGCGAUACGUUGCCUAUAUUCAGCCACAGGAGAAGGAGAGACUGCUUGCUGCACUGCAGGCGGCAGAAGACUGGUUGUACAGCGAGGAGGGCGAGGACGCGACCAAGUCUGUCUACGUCGAGCGGCUCGAUGCGUUGAAGAGGCUUGGUGACCCGAUUACGUUCCGCUACAGGGAGGCGGAGGAGCGCUCGAAGGUGGUGAGCCAGCUGCGUGAGACGAUCAACACGUACAUGGCGCAAGCGACGUCGGGCGAGGAGCGAUAUGCGCAUAUCGACGAGAAGGACAAGCAGGCGGUCGUCGAGAAGUGUGCGACGGUGCAGAAGUGGCUCGAGGACCAGAUCGCGCGACAGAGCGAGCGGCCGAAGGACGUCGACCCGGUACUCAUGAGCGCGGACGUGAUGAAGAAGCGCGACGAGAUCAUCUACUUCUCGACGCCGAUCAUGACGAAGCCGAAGCCGAAGCCACCAAAGGUCGAGCAGCCUGCGGGCACCGAGACGCCGAAGAGCGGCACGCAGACUCCCAAUGCUCAGCAGCAGGAAGAGCAGCAGCCGCAGGCUGCGCCGGAGGGCACCAACGAGCCUUCGGAGAUGGACGUAGACUAGAGAUAUCGUGCAUUGCAAUCUUCUCUCGCUCCGAUGCAGCAUU